CAGCUCCAAUCUCAAUGCGACUCGGCCCUGGCCGGUGCACCGACCUCAGCUCCCUGGCGACCCUCAUUUAAGCGAUCGGCAAGCUACGUAAAUAGCACUCAUCGCCCUCAAUCCCCCGGUCUCGAGCCUGCCUACCUAUCCGCAACCCCUCUCGACUUCACUUGCGAUCCAAUUGACAACUUUGCGUCGUCUUGGGAAUCGACGCAGCCACCGGCGCCAGGUUCAGCAUCAUCCAUUCGUCUCGCUUGCUCCUACUCGAGCCAUCUCUUCGAUAAGCCAGACAUCUGUGUGACGUUGAGCCACAAUGGCUGCCGAUGGUCUUGCCGACCACUACCAGGUCUUGGAGGAGCUAGGUCGCGGAAGCUUUGGUGUAGUCUACAAGGGCAUCGAGAAAGCCACGGGGGAGACUGUCGCCAUCAAACACAUCGACCUCGAAUCCAACGACGAUGAUAUCCAAGACAUACAAGCUGAAAUUGCCGUGCUGAGCACGUGCGCCAGCCCGUUCGUCACCCAAUACAAAGGCUCGUUUCUUCGAGGCACCAAGCUAUGGAUUAUCAUGGAGUAUCUGGGUGGCGGCUCAUGCCUUGACUUGCUCAAACCCGCAAACUUCACCGAAACACACAUCGCCAUCGUCUGCCGCGAGCUUCUUCUUGGUAUCCAGUACUUGCACGAUGAGGGGAAAAUCCACCGAGACGUAAAGGCCGCCAAUGUCCUCCUUUCCGAGACCGGCAAGGUUAAGCUGGCGGACUUUGGAGUCGCUGCGCAGUUGACCAACAUCAAAUCUCAGCGCAACACAUUCGUGGGAACUCCUUUCUGGAUGGCACCCGAGGUCAUUCAGCAAGACGGGUACAGCUUCAAGGCUGAUAUCUGGUCGUUGGGAAUCACUGCCAUGGAGCUUGCCAACGGUGAACCUCCUUUGUCUCAUAUCCAUCCGAUGAAGGUCCUCUUCCACAUCCCCAAAAACCCCCCUCCUGCCCUUGACAAUAACUUCAGCCGGGAGUUUCGGGACUUUGUGUCUCUCUGCUUGACAAAGGAUUGCGACCGCCGACCGUCGGCCAAGGAGCUGCUGCGACAUCGAUUCAUUCGGUCCGCUGGCAAGAUUGAGGCGCUUCAGGAGCUGAUUGCCCGACGACAGAUGUGGGAUGCCAACAAGAACCGCCAAACGCAUCCCAUCUACUACCAAGAGACCCUUCAGACCAUUUCUCCUAAGGACGAGCAAGAUGAAUGGAUCUUUGACACAGUCAAGUCUGUAGCGCCACCCAAGCGCCCGACCGUCAAGCAAUCGCGCAAGCCAUCCUCUGUCUUCACCACAGAAGAAUCGAUGCGCAAGCUUGACCUCAAGGAUGCUCCACUGGGUGCCACUUCUCCGGCUCCCAGCACCAUCCGCAAGUCGACUGUGCGUCGCACUCCGUCCGUGGCCCAAGUGUCUGCUAUGCACUCCAACGGGUCUCCGCGCAGCGGCUCCAUCCGCAACAGAUCCCUUCGCAACGCAUCACCCCGAGCGUCCAUUGCACCGAAGAAGCCUCUUCAGCCGGACAUGUCUUUUGGAAAUUCGGGUUCUACUAUGCGUCUUUUCCGACGAGUUCCAUCAGACGGUUCGACGUCUGGUCAGUCAGGUCGGCCUGGCUCUUCCGAUGAUGUCUUUUGCGACGAGAAUGCGCCUCUUCCUUCCGCUGUCGCACUGAUCGAGCCUUUCGGAAAGGAGGCUGUCCUGGGCCGAAGGCUGUAUAACAAGGCUGUUGAGCCUUCGCUAGCUGAGCUGCAGGCUCAGACGUCAGGGCUCCAGAAGCGUGAAGCCCUCGCCAAACUCAGUGAGGCUCUGGCUUCUCUAGACGCAUGCGACCCCGAAGGCGCUCACCACCUCAUGAUCAACAUCGUCUCAGCAAUGUCGCAGGACAAGAAGCUCAAUGCAGCUUUCUUGAACCAGGCUGCCUGCAAGACGCCUGACGAUGGGACGCCACAGGGGACAGUCAUUAUCAAGAGCGCUGUCCCGCCUCAUGUCAGCCCUACCAAACUUGUGUUGAGUUCUAGUAACCCUCAUCUCAAGAGUCACAAGCGACGACAGACAGAUUCCUCGGGGCACACCGAACAUGACAUGGCAAGAGCUGCCGUUGAGGCCAAGUAUCCCGGCCGCGAGCCACGCGCUGGCAUGGAGCAUAGCAAGCAACUGUCUGACGUGCUCUAUGCACGGUGGACCGAUGGUCUCCGACUGCGCUGGCCUGGCUCCUGAGGUCUUGUCUGUCCUUGUGCAGACCUCUUACGGCAUCCAUGACAACUUUUAGCGAGCGUUGGUUGACAAAUGUCAGCGAUCUUCACUGUGAAGCCUCGUUUGACUGUACGAUUUUGUUGUUUUAUUAAGCUCACAUCUCGCAUGACGGCAUGGAGAAGGCGCUCCGGUAGCGGAACUUGCAUUGCCGCACGCGAAGAAUGUGCUUCUUCCUUUGGUCCUAGAUUCACGGAGAUGGAUCAUUCUAUAUGAUUUGUUGUUCAUCAUUUAGCAUCAUAUUUGUUUUCUAAGGGAGUUGGGGUCCA